GCCUCGGUAGGUCUCCGUCGAUCUGUUUUCUUUCUUUUCUCUUCACUUCACUUCACUUCACUUCACCUCACUCACUCUCCUACAAUGUCCACCACAUCAGUCCUGCCCGACGAAGCCACCAUCCAGGCAUCAAGAUCAUCACUCAUUCGAGCAGUUCCCGCCCACGGACUGGGAACAGCACAAGCCAUCAAGCAUCUACAGCAAGUCGUCGAGCCUGCUCUGAAUCAAAGCUCACAGUCUGCCAACUACUAUGGCUUUGUCACGGGAGGCGCCACGCGGGCUGCUGCUCUUGCGGAUGAACUGGUGACUCGCUUCGAUCAGAAUGUACAGCUCCAUCUUCCUAGGGAUACCAUUGCUACAGAUGUGGAAGAAGCUGCUCUUUGUCAGCUCCUCGACCUCGUCAACCUCCCAGAAGACCAGUGGAAACAUCGAACGUUCACCACUGGAGCGACAGCGAGCAACGUGCUGGGCCUGGCGUGUGGGCGAGAGUGGGUCAUCUCCCAAGCUGCCAAACGCAACGACACCUCCGCCAACAUCUCUGAAGCUGGCAUUUCCGAAGCUCUCAAGAAAGCCAAUAUCGAUAGCAUUCAAAUCCUAACUACCCUCCCACACUCGUGCUUGGGCAAAGCAGCCUCCAUAGUCGGCCUGGGCCGAAACUCCAUCAAAUCUCUGGGCCUGUACCAAACGCCUUGGAACUUCGCUCUCGAUGCGCUGGAAGAAGCCCUGUCCAUUCCACGCACAGCAUCAAUCAUCGUCAUCUCCGCUGGAGAAGUCAACACGGGUUUCUUCGCCACCACAGCAGGCGACCUCGUCAAGAUCCGUGAACUGGCCGACAAAUAUGGCGCAUGGAUACACAUCGACGCAGCGUUCGGCCUGCAAGCUCGAAUCCUACCCACCGAUAGAAACGAAUAUGCAGUCCUGCACCAAGGUGUCGAACAUUUCGAGUUGGCAGAUAGCAUCUCCGGCGACGCACAUAAACUUCUCAACGUACCUUACGACUGCGGAAUCUUCCUCUCUCGCCAUCUCGAUAUUGGCAAAGCAGUAUUUCAAAAUGCCGGGGCAGCAUAUCUCAGCACUUCAGACUCAGACAUCCCCUCUCCAGCAACCUUGGGAAUCGAAAACUCGCGUCGCUUUAGGGCCCUACCCGUCUAUAGCACCUUACUCGCACAUGGAAAAGAUGGCUAUCUCUCGAUUCUCGAGAAACAGAUUGGCCUAGCCCGAGCUAUUGCGACUUUCAUCCAAUCCGAACCUGCUUUGGAGCUCUUACCUCGAUUCCCACCGAGUUUUCGAAGAGUGAAAGAACAAUGGCUAAACCGGAUAUACAUUGUGGUACUAUUUCGCGCGAGUAAUGACGAGGUGAAUGCGACGCUGGUAGAGAAGAUCAACGCGACGAGAAGAAUCUAUGUGAGCGGGACGGUGUGGGAUGGUAGACCCGCUGCGAAGUUUGCCGUGAGUAAUUGGCAGGUCGAUGUAGAGAAGGAUAUGAGGUUGAUCAAAGAGAUCUUGUGGCAGGUUCUGUGAAAUCUGAUUACCUAAUGCUUUCUUUUACGAGUGGAC